AUGGCAACCAAGCUCGACGUUCCUGCCGUCGCCGACUUCAACUACGACAAGGCUAUGGCGGCAUGGCAUUCUGAGGUGACUCGGCGCACUACGACUGCAACGUCAACCUCGUCUGAACGGAGGGACCUGGCCCGCACACCCAGAGCAGCAGCGGCAGCAGCAACGCCAGCAGCAACGCCAGCAGCAGCAACAGCGCCACCAGCAACAUCAGCGCCAGCAGCAGCAGCAGCGCCAGCAUCAGGAGCAAUAUCAGCAGCAGCAGUUGCAACUCCAUCAGUUCUCCAGUCUGCUGAAGCCUUUCAGCAGAUGGUGCAGCAGAUGCCAGUCGGCUUGGCCAUGCAGGUGAUGCAACGACAGCAAGCAGCCACUCCACAAGGUGCUGCAGGAACCCCCCAGUGCUCUAUUAUGUGA